GGUGCGUGCGCAGAUCACUGGAUUGCAUUCCCCGUUUACUUCUAGAGCGAGCUGCAGCUGAGACCCUUGUCAUGGUUUGAAUAGAGGUGCUCAUCCAACGACACCUAUUAUUGGACUUGUAAUCUUAUUUGAAAAUCCAAGUCACCAAGAUGCAAAAUUCCGCAAGCAUUUGAAUAAAUAAGAAAUUACAGUGCUGGACUAACCGCUUGAUCACGACAGCAGCAAAAUUAAGUGAUGACUAGCUAGUUUAGGUGCACCACUGGCAUUCUAUAUUAAUAUUUUCAUUGUCCAGACUUCAAAAGAAAAUACCGCAAAGCCUCUAAAGCCAGACUGGAGACCAUGAGAGCUAAAUGAUUGCGAACUAAAGCGGAUUGGUGAAAGCUCAGUGUCGGAAAGGAAGGAACAUCCCGUCAAAUGGAGGAUCUCUACAAGGAUGCUCAGGCCAGCCUGCCCCUGGACAUGGCCAGCUCCCCGACUGCAGUUAGCCCCGCCAGUGGCAAGCUUGAAAACGGAAUGACCCAGCUCAUCACAGCCGAGGCCUGGAACAUUAACCCCACAGGCAUGAUGAAGAAACCCCUGUCCCCGCUUGUGACGGUGCCAGCUCCUCCCAUGGUGACCCCUUCAGUUGAAUCUCCCAGUGGGGUGGCUCUGAAAGUGGCUGCUACUGUCCUCCAACCCAUCUGCCUUGGAGAAAGUCCAGUGAUGCUGCCCAUUCACCUACAGGUAGCAGGAAGCGCCACUCCUCAAAUGAACCCUGCUGGCAACACUCCUUAUGUCAUGACUAGCCAAGGGCCCAUUCCACUGCCACUUGUUCUGGAGCAGCAUGUGUUUCAGCAUUUAAACUCUCCCAUGUUGUCUCAGGGCCCUUCUUGUCCCACCAUAUCCUUACAAAACAAUGUCUUGUGUCAGAACUCUUCCCUCUCUUUCAGCCAUGCACCCCCACUGGACCAGAAGUCAUCUAGCCAAACACAAGAGCCUGGGAUCCUGCCUUUAUUCCAGAAUCCAGGCUUUGCCACCAUUCUCCAGGAUCUGUUCCCCUCUCAGAGCAACUUGGGUCCGUCAGUUUGCCAUUCAGCCAGCUCAGCUCCCACAGACAAUUUCUCUUCAAACUUUUUCCCACCACUGCCUAGUCAGGCGUAUAGUUCCCCCCUGUCCCCGCUGGUGCCCCCCCCGACCCUCCUCGUCCCCUAUCCUGUCAUCGUUCCCCUUCCAGUUCCCAUUCCUAUUCCCAUCCCCAUCCCCAUUCCCGUCCCACAGAGCACAGAAUCUAAGGGAUUCACAGACUCACCUAAAUCGGUCUGCACUUUGACCAAAAGCACCCAAACUGCUAAAGAAGCUUUGAGUCCCCAGCACCUGCAAACCAGUGUUGUUACCCACAUAAGCCAGCUAGCAGUCUCUACAAUGCUACCACCCAAUGAUGGGGAAGCACUCGAUCUCUCCAUCAAAGCCCUGCCUUUGCCAACAAAACAGGAAAUUCCUUACCAGCAAGACAGUGUCCUGGAUCUCUCGAUGAGUCGUGUCAGGAAACAGGGUGUACCCAUGUCUCACUCGGACACCAGCAAAGACCCUCUCAUAUCUUUGGUAGAGCGCCCAACUCGCUCUGGGGAUGAAUCGUACAGUGCUGCACGGCUGAACGAGGGUUUUCAGAAAGUGACUUCAUUUGAGUUUAGCAAACAGCACAAGUGGCUGGUGGACCCCAACAGUAACAGACCUGGCUGCGACCCCAAGUGUGGUGGAAGCAACAUAGAAAUUGUCAGCACGUCCCAGACAGCCAAGGUCAUUGUAGCAGUCAAAGAUGCUGUUCCUGCUAUAUUCUGUGGGAAGAUCAAGGGCCUAUCUGGGGUGUCCACCAAGAACUUUUCUUUCAAACGAGACAGUGCUCAGGAGGCCAUGCUACAGCAGUGUUACGACGCCAAGACCCAAGCCGAGCAGCGAGACGGCAACGACCCUCUGAAAAAACCUCUGAAAAACAGGGGCAUCAAAUUAAAGAAAAUGAACUCACAGGAGAUACAUAUCCUUCCUAUUAAAAAGCAGCGCUUGGCUGCAUUUUUCCCAAGGAAAUGAGGUACCUAGUGUAGGCUUGGGUAAACUUAGUUGAUGUUGCUUUGACAACUGGUUAUAUCCUGUUCUUGAAUAUUAGUAAACAAAACAAUAUGUAAGAAAGAAAGAUCCUUGAGUCAGGACACAGUCCCAUAAUUGUUAUUAAGAUAUACAAGGAGAAACUUGCGCCUGUGAUUGCUAAGCUAUUAGAUUCAAAGAACAACUCGUAAUCAAAGAUGUGUGUUCACAGACUGUGGCCUUGAGUGUACCUAACCCACUGUAUCCUAAAACUGUAGGAGCAUAAAUAUUGAUGUAUCAUGAAUAUUCAGUGUUUCACAAAUACAUCAUGAAUAUGUAUUGCCACGAUUUACCCUACUAAUAUCCACUUCACACACACAUUUAUUCUCUAGAUCCUAGUCUUUUAAUAUUCAUGAAGGUGGAAGACCAGUUGUAAGAGUGAGGUAUCUUGUUUCUACGAUAAAUAGGGGUAAUGAGUAGGGGUGUACCGAUAUUCGUAUUUUCAGAGUAAUUACCUUUGAGAAAUUAAAGUUGUUAGGUACUGAUUAAAUGGAAUAAAACAUGUUAAUUACUCAACGCAAAACAAUUUGAUCCCUUGGUUUCCUUUGUUUGCACAAUUAUUGAAUAUCAAUCAAUAACAAUCUGGCUGUAUUAUUUAAUAUAGAUGUUGUGAUGGACCUAAACUCAUUUAUAUUUUUCAGCAAUUAUUUUUCUUACCUUUCUUUUUUGCUUUUGAAUGAAAUAAUUUUUAUUUCACUUUCCUUAGAAAUGCAUCAUCUCUGCAGUGAAUUGUGGGAUUGUAGUCCUAGUCCUAUUGUAGUCUCCGAUUAAACUCGACAAAGAAAUAUAUAUCCCAGUUUCCACAGCAGUAGCUCUUGAGUUUGGGUUAAGGAGCGGUCACAUUUAUGUGACGAAAUCAGUUGCUUUUGCUUAUUUUGCAACAUAUUUUCAUUGUCAGUUGUGCGGCCUCGGUUCAGCAGUAGAAAUGUCAGCACCCAAGAUGAAAUUAUCUUACAACCGGCUUUUAAAACACUUACGGGUAGUCUUGGACUACUUUACCUAAAAUAACAUUAGUUAUACCAAGAUUAGUGAUAAUCAUGGUCUGUGAAACCAGCCAUCAAUGUUUAAGUUAAUUGCCAUCGAUUAGAGGUGAUGAAAAGUCAGCUUUUUUUGUUCUGAAAUCAACACAUUAAUAAAUGGAUUUAUUUAAUACCAAAUUCUUCUUAAAGGCAAUUGCUCAGAAAAUAUGAGUAACCCAUAAGAGGUUAUUAAUUAAGGACAUUUUUGCUUUAGGCUUUUGAUACAAUUUGGGUAUGUUUUUUUUUUUUUCAGUUUAUGAGAUGACCCAAGUGUAUUUUGUUUCACAAGCUCUAUUUAUAGCUCCUUUUGUAAAUUACAUUGUUUUGUCAGUGGGAGUGUCUGUGUGUGUGUGUGUAUGGAUGUUACUCUGCUACUGCUAUAAGAUGAUAAAGGUUAGGUUCUCUCAAUAUUAUUAAAGCUAUUUUAAUGUCUAUAUGUGAUAAGGGACCUUGUCUCAACUGCUACUUGAAAAAUAAUCAGAGACUACCCCCAAUCUUACCAGCAGGUGACGCUGUAAGGCAGUGGCAAGGCAUAUAAAAGGGUGGGUACAAAUACUAUAAAAAAACAUGUGCCAUAAAUGCUUAAUGUUCAUAAAAUUCAAGCGCUUUUUACUGGUUACUGGCACAAUGAGGUUAGCAAGCCAAUUGUUUAUUUUAUAAAACUUUUUGGUUUAAAAUACAUUCGAUAACAUUUAAAAACAAUGCUAAAGGAUUUCACGUAUAGAGCAGAUGCAUGAAUCUUCCAAUUUAAUUAUUGAAUUGCAGUUUACUUAAAUAAUAAAUUGUCAUUUAACAUGGUAUGGAGAGGAUCUUUUGACUUCAGUACCAAUCAGUGUGUUUGUAUUUGCUAUGCUCUGCUGUAUGGGGUCCACAGGGCCUACAGGAAUAAGAGAGACACACCCAGAACAGAUGGAAUAUCUAGAUCUAUAAUAUAGUUUGCCAGCUGUAAUAUUUAUUAUACUUGUGAUUGAAGCACACGUAGUAAAAAUUGUCUCACUAAAAUGGAAAUCGAAGUAUUACAUUUAGUCGAGACAUGUAUUUAUUUAGCAGACGUGAAGAACCUACUCUUCCUUAUCUCAAAGACUGCAGUGGAUAUUGUCCAGAGGUUCCCCGCCCCUCUUACUUUGCAAUCCACUGAGCCCUGAUCAGUAUUUUUCAGUGGAUUAUUCCUGUGAGUACCCGGUAUUGUAGCCUGUGCUGUGAAAGGUAGUGCCACAACUGCAAAGGAACACCUAUGAUGCACAUUUGCUUUUUGCAGUUCAUUUUUGUAUAAAACACAUAUAUGCCAAUAUUUUACAUCAAGUGAAAGUUUUCUGUGAGGAUAAUUUAACAACAUAAAGCUAUAAAUAAAUAAAUAAAUAAUACUGCUCCUUCCUGAAUCUAACCCCAGGAUGAAAUUGUAAUUAUGGUGCCUCUAUCCAUAUAGUGCCUGUGCAACUGUGCAUAACGUGUAUGAUUUUUAUCUCUGUUCGUUUUUUAAAAGCCUCUCUUAAGGAUAGCAGCACUAUAAUUAAAAUUUCGUCCUAGGGCACGUGGUUUCGUUCAAGUUUUUCACCAUUACAGUUGUUUUAUUUUUCAAAAUGACUUUUUGCACUUUCUGCUUUUGAUUUCAACCAAGGGUGGCACUAUCUUAUAAUUGUGAAACAGCUUAUUACUUUCGUGUGUAAAUGACUUAAAAUGUUUGCAAAACUGUGCAUACCUAUAUGUAUACCUACAUCUUGCUUUGUAUUUAAGGACGCACAUGGGAUGAAGCGUACAGUACGUCAGGGUGAUAGAUUGCUAUUUUUAAAAAGGUACCGUUAUUGUUUAGAUGACUAGGUCAGCUUUUGCUGUUUUAUGUACUGUGAGAAGCAAAGAUUUUGUAUGCAGUGAUAUCCGAGUAAUGACAUUUUAUACUAGGACCAGGGACGGUUUCCUUUUUCUUUUUUUUUUUUUUUUUUUUUUUAAACAGUUCAGCGGGAUGAGUUACA